AUGAGAUGCUGAAAAUCUGACUGCUACGAAAAAAUAGAGGUAUACUGUCCUCACGAAAAAAGCUGUAUACUUUCCUGCUCUUUGCACAUUGGGGCACACAUUAUUACAAAGUCAGAAGAUGGGCACCAUCCUGAAGCAAUUUACUCUGAUUCUGCUUGUGAAGGAAAAUCACCUUUUAUUAGUCAUUUAGUUGCUGCUAUAAUGGCUUCAUAUAAAGCAAAAACAGAACUUAUGAAAGAGUUUAAAGCCAAACUUUCAACUUUGGUUAAUUUAUAUAUUAGAGAAUUUAAGCAAAUUUCCUGUGCCCAAUCUGAAUUUAUAGGUAUGCUAAAUCAGCUCAUUCCAAGCUCCCAAAUUCGUUCCUUAUCUUUUGAUGAAUUUCCAAAAAUAACAGGAAAAUCAUCUUUUAUGUUUAAUAAUAAAAUUAAGCCAAUUGACAAAAGUAAUGAAAUCGAGCUCGAAGCAUUUGAAUAUAGCGAAAGCACAGAUCAAAACGAUUUAAGCAUAAAAGCCCCAAAUCCAAAAGAAAAAAUAAACAAAUCGCUGCCUCCAGAAAUAGUUAUAUUUGACCAUAAUACAGAUAAAUUUCUCAAAAUCAAUCUAAAAUCCCUUGAAGCAACUACAAAAAGUUUUAAUUUGAAAUCAGUUUCUCUUAAAGGACUUAUCAUAUGUGAGAUUCAAGAUAAUAAGUACUUUUGCCAUCACAGCAAUAAGCUGGGAUCGCGAACUUUUAUAAUUGACUUUGAUGACCAUAUUAAAUUUAUCGAGUCGGGAAAUUAUUGCAGCGCAACUUAUGCGUAUUUCUAUAAAUAUUCUGUGUAUCUGUUUGGAGGAAAAAAUUCUAAUAACGAGCCUAUGAGCCUUGCAAUAAGGUUUCACACUGUAAAUGAAAAGUGACAGAAAAUAAGUCCGAUCCCGAAGCCAGCAAGUUUUAUUUCCUGCGUUUCUUCUCAAUAUAAAUUGCUAUUUUCUGGGUUUGAGCAUUCCAAGCUUUACUCUUACAGCAUAAGAAGAGGAAAUUACAAUGAAUUACUAGAAUUAAAGCCAAAUAGCCCCAAAAUCCUUUGCAAAUCCUCUACAACUAUUUUUGUAAGCGACUCGGAUUAUAUUUGGAAAAGUGAAGUCAAUUCUAACUCGGCAACAUGGCAGAAGAUUGGGAGGUCUCCAAUGUUGCCACAUUGAAGCUUAUCUAAUUAUACAUACUACGCAAUGUCUAUUUAUUUUGUAGAUGAAGAAUUUAAUAUGUAUCAAUUCAAUCUGAAGGAAAUGAGCAUGUCGAAGCUUGACUUUUCUAUUAUUUAA